ACUCAAUAUAAAUCUCCAGAAACGCUGCCAACAAUCAUCGUGGAUUUCAAGCACGCAAUCCAUUCUUUAUUUGAGCUUUAAAGUCAAGUCAAGAUGACUUCCUCGGUGUAUACCAUCGCCAUCCCUACUUUUAUCCAUGGCCUCGAGACCCUGUCCCACAUUCUAAAGAAGGGCGAGGAGUAUGCCACCCAACACAGCAUUCCCCUCGACGACCUCCUCCAUGCCAGUCUUCACGAAAGUAUGAAGUCACUAUCGUUCCAGGUCUUCGUAACAGAGUUCAACAUACGCAAGACCAUCAACCGGGCCCAGCUGGUCGAGCCUCCCACCCCGCAGCCCGAGGACCAGACCUACCAGGAGCUCUACAUCCGCAUCGACAAAGCCCUCGCCGAUCUUAAAAAGAUCACUCCGAGUGUUUUCGCCGGGAAAGAGCAAACAUCAUUCAAGGCUCCUAUCGGUGACCAAGAGGUGGAAUUCACUCCCGAAUCCUAUGUCCUCAAUUUCGGCCUGCCCAACGUGUAUUUCCACAUCGUGACCGCCUAUUCCAUUCUGCGCGCGCAGGGUGUUCCCCUUGGCAAAUUGGAUUAUCUGCAGAAUUUCCUCGCCUGAAUGGAUGGAAACUUAGCUUUAUGGUUUGAAUGUGACCAGCCAUUCGCGGAAAGAUGAACGAAGGUGUAUGUGUGCAUGAACAUCUAGCUUACCUGGGCCUACUUUCACCGGGUCGAGGACUCAGCGUAGCUGAUCAGCAUCCAGUGGGAAGGCUAGAUGGCAACAGAAGGGUGAAGAAGGAAUCUUGAUUGUGUAUACUUUUGUGUAUAUAUUCUGUCAGCGUUAUGUUCAUUCUUUCCCAGCAUGUGAUUCUCGAUGUACAGCUGGCUCCAUUCAAUACUUUGUCCACCUAUCAAUCAGCUGAAUGCGGCUUAGUCUUUCUUCUUUG